GAAAGGGGCGCGAGCUCCGUGUGCGCGCAAACACAGGGCUGACGGAAAGCGCGCGCGCUCCCGCGCUCCUCCGCUCCGAAGGCGCGCGUGUCGGUUCGAGUGAAAGGGCAGUGCUGUGCUCCAUCUCCAGCGCGCUAAAUGAUUGUCUUUCCACCAAAAUAUGACACGUCUCUGCUUGUAGCGUUUAAAAAGGGGCAAUGGAAAGGUUUAGGCGCAGCGAGCGUGGAGAAGCGGCGAGGAUGCACUGAACUCGAGGGAAAGGAAAACUUAAACGUCUGUGUGGCUGUGAAGGAAGACCAUAAGUGAGUGCAUGCAGGUGUAGGCGUUUUGUACAGCUCAUCCUCACCUACAGUGGGAUUACAAACCGAAAUCCAAUUAUACCUGAUCGAACAAACCCAUACAUCCAGUCACCCCAUUCCAGGAUUAUGGAAUUUCACUGAGUGUGAUAUUAAGCGCGUGCUUGGAUAUGGAUACGGUGAAAGAGCGAGUUUUAGCCCCCGGGAAGGCGGGACUGAAGAAUCUGGCGGGGAAGACCCUGGCACAUAUGCAAAGAGUGAUUGAGAAGAAGCAGAAAACGGGUGAAGUGAUCGAGCUGACGGAAGAUGGCCGCCCCAAAGAGAUCAGUGAGAGGAAGGCGCCGCUGCUCGACUGCGCGUGCUUCGGGCUGCCUCGCCGCUACAUCAUCGCCAUCAUGAGCGGCCUGGGCUUCUGCAUUUCCUUCGGAAUCCGCUGCAACCUCGGGGUUGCGAUCGUGGACAUGGUCAACAACAGCACCGUGCACCAGGGCGGCAAGAUCAUCAUCAAAGAGAAAGCGAAGUUUAACUGGGAUCCGGAGACGGUGGGGAUGAUCCACGGCUCGUUCUUCUGGGGUUACAUCGUGACCCAGAUCCCUGGAGGGUACAUCUCCUCCAGACUGGCAGCCAACAGGGUGUUCGGGGCCGCCAUCCUGCUGACGUCAACACUCAACAUGUUUAUUCCGUCGGCGGCGCGCGUGCACUACGGCUGUGUCAUGUUUGUGAGGAUAUUACAGGGCCUGGUGGAGGGCGUGACCUAUCCAGCAUGCCAUGGUAUCUGGAGCAAAUGGGCUCCGCCAUUAGAGAGAAGUCGCUUGGCAACCACGUCUUUCUGUGGUUCCUAUGCUGGUGCUGUGGUAGCCAUGCCUCUGGCUGGGAUCCUUGUGCAGUAUUCAGGCUGGUCAUCGGUCUUCUAUAUUUAUGGGAGUUUUGGUAUUGUCUGGUAUGUGUUCUGGAUCCUGGUGGCUUAUGAGAGCCCAGCAGAACACCCCACUAUUACGGAGGAAGAGCGACUUUACAUAGAGGAGAGCAUUGGAGAAGGGGCUAAACUGCUUGGGGCAACUGAAAAAUUUAAGACACCCUGGAGGAAGUUCUUCACUUCGAUGCCUGUCUAUGCAAUUAUUGUGGCCAAUUUCUGCAGGAGCUGGACCUUCUACCUCCUGCUCAUUAGCCAGCCCGCGUACUUCGAGGAGGUGUUUGGUUUUGAGAUCAGUAAAGUUGGCAUGCUGUCUGCUCUGCCUCACUUGGUCAUGACCAUCAUAGUGCCGAUAGGAGGCCAACUUGCUGACUUUCUACGCAGCAAUAACAUCAUGUCCACCACUAAUGUCCGGAAGAUAAUGAAUUGUGGAGGAUUUGGGAUGGAGGCAACACUGUUGUUGGUAGUUGGUUACUCCCACAGUAAAGGUGUAGCCAUCUCAUUUCUGGUACUAGCAGUGGGUUUCAGUGGCUUUGCCAUAUCAGGUUUUAAUGUGAACCACCUGGACAUUGCGCCCAGGUAUGCCAGCAUACUGAUGGGCAUCUCCAAUGGAGUUGGCACACUUUCUGGAAUGGUCUGCCCUCUCAUAGUGGGUGCCAUGACCAAAAACAAGACCCGGGAAGAAUGGCAAAACGUGUUCCUUAUUGCCUCCUUGGUCCAUUAUGGUGGUGUAGUGUUCUACGGGAUCUUUGCUUCAGGCGAGAAGCAGCCAUGGGCGGAUCCAGAGGAAACCAGCGAGGAGAAGUGCGGCUUCAUUGAUGAAGAUGAGCUCGCUGAAGAGACUGGUGACAUUACACUUAGUCAUGCUCCAUUCGGAGCCCAGGGAGCCUUUGGGGCUCCCCCGAAAUCAUACGGGGCCACAAAUCAGCUGAACGGGGGAUGGGCAGGAGGCUGGGAGAAAAGAGAGGAGUUCAUCCAGGAGGGAGCUGUGCAGGUCUAUCCUCAGGGUGGAGAUGGGUACUCAUAGGACACAGGGGCUGGUUACAUGAAGGAAGAAUGUCACUACAGUUGUAAAAUCCUAAAAGAAUUAAAAGUUUGUGGUGACUGAACUAAAAUGUACCAGCAUACUAUAAAUGUAUCGCAGGGAUGCCUCAGAUAACAAAGCAUGGUUCAUGCAGAUUAUGCAGGAGGUAGGGAAGAUUAAACCCUGAUUAUAUAUAGAAAUAUUUUAUAACUACAGUUAGAAAAGUAUUUAUGUAAUAAACAAUAAUUUUAAAUUCAAUCUUAAAAUGACAAUGUUUCUUCUGUAACAUAAUAGCUUGAACAUUAGUACAAGUCAGUAUAAGUUUAAAUAUUUAUAAGUGGAACUUAAAUAAGUUCCACUUUUAUAAGUUCAAUUAAAUAUAUAUGAUGUACUAUAUAUUAUUAAACAUUGAUAUGAUUUAGAGAUGGAUAUUUUAGCAGCUGCACCUGCCCUAUAGGUCACUGUAGGCACACAAUUAAUAACUAUAGCCUAACUUUUGCACAGUGUGUCAGCUUCCAUCCUCAUCCAUCAGUGGAAAAGGACCACUAUAGGACCACUAUAGGACCACUGUAGGUGGUGGACAAUUCUCAGUAAUGGCAGUGAUAUCUUAGUGUUGCCCUUUUGAUGAAUGUUACAAAAUAAAUCUCACAGAAUAUUAAGCAGUAUAACCCCACAGUCUAAAAGUCAACAGGAUAUCUAUACAAAAGUAUAAAUGUUUUGCAGUAAAAGACAGAUUUAGUUUAUUUCAGGUUAAUUCAGUUUGGUUCAUUACUACGUAACUAGUAGACCUGAAUAGCACAGGCUACUUGGUUCAUGUUGACCUGAUGAGCAUUAUUGCCAUCUGAGGACUUUCAGUCUCAGGUUUACAGAGCACUUUUGGUGUGAAACAAUAGGUUGCCUAGACUUAUGUAAUACACUUUUAACUACUCUGCUUAUUUAGCACCUAAAUUUAAGGGUGAAGGAAAAAGAUUAUGCCUGAUAUUUAUCUAAAAUAAAACUGAAUGAACUGAAUGAAAAAGAGAAUAUAGUAGUAUAGUAUAUAGUAUAUAAAUUUGCAAAAAAUACAGAUGUACCUUAUUAUAUCGUGAAUCAAAAGUGUAAUUUAUUUCAUGGAGCUUUUCAUGUGAAGAGUUUGUGUCUGACAGCUCUGUUGUUUACAUAUUUGAAGUGCAAUCUCGUAUCCAUUGUGGCACGAAACUCAUUCUACAGCACUACAUUUACUUUACAUAUGCACUACAAUGGCAGUGUGUUGUAACAGUCCUGUAUUGCCUCGCCAUUACAGUUCAUACUGUACCUAAUAUCGAGCCAGUCUUUAAGACACACAUUAUACCAUAUCAUAAAGACACAAUAUGCCAAUUUCACGAGAACCUUGAAUGCACUGACAAGUAUUUCUUAAAGUGAUUUCAUUCCUUGUCUGUGUGUUUAUAUAGAUCUGCUGUUUCUGUGAGACUGUUGUGAAGUUGGUUGGUGAUCUUUAUGGUAAUUGUUAUACAAAGGCCAUAUUUUUUUUAUAGACAGCACCAUAUCAAGGAGCUGUUCAUUUAUGAAGUGUAUUGAGAUGUCAGAUGGCGCAUGCUAUAUAUGUUGUCCAACUUGAAUGUGUGGAAAGCCUCACCGAAACGUUCAACAGAAUACAUUUGUAGUUGUAGUGUUUCCAAGUUCCAUUCAAAUUUGGUGUGAUUUGUUUCGAGAGACUUUGUAACAGUGAUGGGCUGCUCGUCUAAUAUGUUAACUUGAUAUGCUACCACGCACAGGCUAAAGAUUUACACAUCAAUACCUGAAAUGGUUGAUGGGAAAAACUGAAAAAGAUGCACUGCAAUAACUUUUUAAAUAGCUGUCAUAAUACAGUGUAAUGUGAUUCCUACUCCUGUCAUGUUAGUUGUUCUCAAAGUGAUGUGAGUAAGUUAAAAGUUAUGUGGAUUUGUAAAGGAAUGGCUUAAAUCUAGCUUGCUACCUUCAGGGGAACAUGCUAUAAUAUUAUUCAACAUUUUGUGCAGUUGGAACAUGAGCCAUGACUUCAUUCUUCUCUAUAAUGGACUGUCUAACUGGUCCAUUGGGUGGCACUAUGAAAUAAUUAACCAAAGCCCUAUAUACAUAUACAGAAAAGAUGAUAUGUAAAAAUAUAUGUAAAAUAUUUAUUCCGAGCUAUUCAGAAUACUCAGUAUAUCACAGAUAGAUAAUACAAAUCUAUACUCAAUUCCUUACUUGCAAAUAACAUGUAAAUGUUCUUAUCUUCUGUUGUGUUCGAAGAAUGAUUUAUUAAUGGCAAAAAGUGUUAUACUGUACUGUAUAAUUGCUGUUUAGCAUUUUAUAUAAAAUGUGCCAAAAUAA